AUGGCUUCAAGCAAGGCAACUCGCUUGGGCGAGGAGACACGGAUAGAUAAAGUGAACGCCGAGCUCGUCACCCUCACUUACGGAACGAUCGUUGCGCAACUGUGCAAGGACUACGACAGCGACUACGCCGAGGUCAACAAGCAGCUGGACAAGAUGGGGUACAAUAUUGGGCUUCGUCUCAUUGAGGACUAUUUGGCCAAAUCCAACACGAUGAAGAGAUGCGCAAACUUUCGCGAGACGGCAGAUAUGAUUGCAAGAGUCGGCUUCAAGAUUUUCCUCAACAUCACGCCGCAGGUGACGAACUGGACGACAGACAACAAGCAAUUCUCACUUGUCUUUGACGAGAAUCCUCUGGCGGACUUCGUCGAGCUGCCGGAUGACGAGCGGGCUCAGGAUGAGCUGUGGUACUCCAAUAUUUUUUGCGGUGUGCUGCGAGGAGCGCUGGAGAUGGUGCAGAUGCAAGUAGAGGCGCAUUUCAUCAGCGACAUACUACGAGGUCAUGAUACGACGGAGAUGAGGGUGUCAUUAGUACGGUACAUUGAUGACGAACUGCCACCGGAAGAUGACUGA